CACUAAUCACAAUCGGAGACGAUAAAAUGAAAUGGAAACCGAGGGGAAUGCGGUUUCGCAAAGCUCCCUCCUUGCGAGUAAAUGCAGCCCGUGGGAGGCUUUAAACGCCAAACCGUCAUCCCCGUUCUCAUUUACUCCUCUCUCACCUUUCCAUCUCCUUUCUCAGCAGUGAGUUUUGGCCGGAAAAAGCUGUUAUUUUGGGGCGACGGCGACGGAGCUGUAAAAGGAUGGGGGGUUGUUGCAGCAGAGACGAUGUGGCCAAAGAGGGGCUCGGGAGCAAAGGCGAGGAGGAAGACGAUGAUGAGUUCUAUGAUGGAGGAGGCGUGGAGGCCGACGCACGUGUAAAGGAGGAUGGCAAACGUGUGAGAUUAGAGGGUUCUUGUGGAUUCGCUUCCAUGUACACGCAGCAGGGAUUGAAGGGGGUGAAUCAGGACGCAAUGGUGCUUUGGGAGGAUUUUGGCGGCAAAAAAGGCUCCGUUUUCUGCGGAGUUUUCGACGGCCACGGCCCAUUUGGCCACAAGGUUGCGGGUCAUGUUCGCGAUAAUUUGCCAUCGAAGUUGUCUUCUCAUUUAGAAGCUUUGGCUUCUACUGAAAACCCUGAGGCUGAUAGUGAUCAUAGCUUCUAUAAAGACAAAUCAGUUGAAUUCAAUGGCACGACUGAGUCUUAUGAAACUAAUAAGAAUGAACAUGGCAAAUGGUUGUCUUCUUGGAAGCACAUUUUCACCAACACCUUCGAGGAAUUGGACUAUGAGCUUAGCGUGAACACCGGCAUUGAUUGCAUUUGCAGUGGAACGACUGCAGUCUCGGUUGUAAAGCUUAGGGAGAAUUUGUUAGUUGCCAACUUAGGCGAUUCACGAGCAAUUUUAGGCAGGAGGGAUGAGAAGAACAAGCUUGUUCCAGUUCAACUGACUGUGGAUCUGAAACCAAAUCUUCCAAAUGAAGCUGAGAGGAUUAAUAGUUGUAAAGGAAGAGUUUUUGCUCUUAAAGAAGAGCCUGAUGUGCAUCGGAUAUGGCUGCCUGAUGAUGACUGCCCUGGACUUGCCAUGGCGAGAGCUUUCGGUGACUUCUGUCUUAAGGACUAUGGCCUCAUAUCUACCCCUGAACUCUCUUCCUGGAAACUCACAGAGAAGGAUGAGUUUGUUGUUCUUGCAACUGAUGGGUUAUGGGAUGUGCUAUCGAACAAGCAGGUGGUUAAAACAGUAUCUUGUUCCAAAAACCGCGCCGACGCCGCCAAGCUCUUGGUGCAUCGUGCCGUCAGGACAUGGAGAACGAGGUAUCCGACAUCUAAAGUCGAUGAUUGCGCGGUCAUUUGUCUGUUUCUCAAGCACCCAUGUCUCUCCCCUCAUUCCUCAUUUAACCGUGGAAGCCGCACUGCAAAAUCUCGGGAACUGUCUUCCGCUGAAAGCUUCAAAACUGCAAGAAGCAGCGAGGAGACGCCGGAGGCGGCGAAGGCUUUCGUUGGUGCAAACAGAGAGGAUUGGACUGCUCUUGAAGGUAUCAGCAGGGUGAAUUCCCUGGUGAGGAUACCAAGGUUUGCUAGUGUUCUCAGCUGGCGCCGGAGUGCGAUGAAGAUCGAAGAACAAAAUUUGGGAGAAGGAAAGAAAUUGGACGAGCAUUGCUGAUGAUUUUUAAGUUUGAUUCAGAAUAAAAAUUGAAUUUUGAGUUCAGACUUUGAAGUAAAGUGCAAGGGGUGAAAAGCAAUGGGGUGAGGAAACAUGGAAUAUUUACAGAUUUCAUGAUUUUUGCAUCACUUUUAUGCCGGGCUUGUCUUAUUCAAUACCUAAUGUAACAAUUGAUUGUCUUCAGUAUUAUGAAUAAUCGUGACAUAUUGCUGGCUGUAUUUAUUGUACGAUCAUAAGGACUGGUUAUAUGCGAU